AUGGAAGGUAAAGGUGAGCUGAGCAGUGAGGAGGCACCUGAGAUGAUCAAAACCACAAGAAAAGUCUUCAGCAAAACCCAGGGAUUCAGAAGAACAACUGUUGCUAAGCAAGAAGGUGUGGGAGACAUGGAGGCAGGCUCGCUGGGGCAGCAGCCCCCACGGCAGCACAGCCUGGCCCUGGGACACAGUGGGAGGCGGCCACAGCACACCGAGCGGGUAAAGGAAUUCCUUACAGCAGCUCAGCACCAAGGAAGACAGAAUGUUCCUGUCUCCCUUGCGGAUUCCAGUGAGCCAAUGUCUUGUCCAGUCCCAGAUGUUGAAACUGCCUUGGAAGGGAGCGUAGGAACUACCUCUGAGAUGAAAAGUGGCCCCCACUCUGGUUGCUUGAGUGUACAGGAGCGACCUGCCUCUUCUGGAAAGGCCACAGGAAGCAAGGAGAAGGAGGACACCUCCAACAAUGACAGUGAUGGCCUGACUUUGAAGGAGCUUCAGAAUCACCUUUGGAGAAAGCGAGAGCAAGAGCCACCUGAGCGGCCCCUGAAAGGCAUCAAGAAUCACCGGAGAAAGAAGCAUCGGGAGGAGAAUCCCACAGAAACUGUGCAUGUCGAGGCAGGCACUACUGUCGAGAAUGCUCUGCCCAGCAAGCAAGAGCCAGAGACUGUCCAGAGGGUUGUGUGCCAGGCAGUGACCGAUGACCAAGAGAGUCAGCUGGAGAGGACAGCAGCUCAGCAAUUUAAAGGUGAAGAGAGCAGGGACUUGGGCAAGCCUAAGCCUGAAUGUGAGCUGCACGACCCCAACACCCUGGACCACAAGUGUCUCCAGCCUCGUAACAACAGGUUUAUGAGUGGCCGUGACCGAUGUGAAGAACGGUUUUGUGGCGAUUUUGGGGGUGCUUCUCAGGCUCGAGGAAUGCUUUUGGAAAGGAACAGGGAAGAUUAUAUCUGCCCAAAGUGCACCGUUCUGAAAGUGCAGGAUGAGACUAAGGCAGAAACCACAGAUCAUCGGGAAACUAAAUUUAGACCUGGAGAUGCUGAUGACACAGAUUUUAGAAGUACAGGAACAGUGGAGCAAAAAUCUAGUAAAGACCAAAAGAUAAAGAGGAGAGUUGAGAAAGCUGCACAUCCAAGCAGAAAGAAAAAACUCAAGCUUUGCCAGCCU